GAACGCCAUUGAACCAUAGAAGAAGAACAAUUCCGCGUAUCUCCCGCUUCACUACAUUGUUGUCAUUUAUCAACAUAUACGACUUGUUUUUUGCACGUUAUCUUGGAAAUUGAAUACUAUUUACUUCACACAGGAAAUACGCAUCUGUAAUUUGGGCUGGACAAGAUGGCGAGCUGCAAUUUUCAGGCGCAAUUGGUAUCCAUUCUGGAGGUAUUAGCUAAAGCAGCUGUAGCAGAAAUAAACAAACGUGUAGAUGAUAGCUGUGCUGUUAUACGUUUGGAAAUGACCCAAAGCCAGCGAGAUAUUGAUGUACUGAAAAGGAAGUGUCAAAUUAUGGAGAGCGAGCUGGAGAAGACGCGCAGACGAAAAGGUUUUUACCCCGUGGCUUCAGAGAGAUCUUCAUAUCCAGUCAAGAUUGUUUUGAAUAAGCAGAGGAGUAGCUCACAGUGCAGAGACAAAGAGCUGGCUGUUGAAGAGGACUCUCAACCCCAGCCUUCAGAUGUGGAGCAGAGAGUGGAGACUGAAACCAUACUGAUCAAAGAUGAGGAGACAGCAGAGGAUGUGUGGAAGACUGACCCUCAGGAAGAGAUCAGGAUCACUGGAGAGGAGUCUGGUUCCAAGCCUGGGAAAUCACCAUCCUUUGAGCAACGGCACUGUGAUGAGGACUUAAUCACACAACCCAAUAUAUCUCACAAAGACUCAGUGGAACAUUACCCCAAUUCUGAUCGUCCAGAGGAACCAGGAACACCCCGGCUCGCAUCUACAGAGGUGUUCAGCGCAGAGCAACACCGGCCAGACGAGGACUCACUAGAUCUAGUGAUGGUGAAAGAGGAGGAGUUAGAUCAGACCACAGCCUUGGCAGGACCUGACCAGUUUGUCAUGGAUGAGACUGAUGGGCAGCUGUGGACCUCUGUGGAUCCAGGCAGAGACACUGACCCUGAUGGCCACCCAGAUUUCUCCUUUCAUUCCACAGAAGAGUACUCUCAGAAUAUCUCAAUGGUCCCAUCUCAUAGUGGGCUGUCAUCUGUUCCUACUAUGACAGAUGAUGUAGGGCCAUCGCUUCACUCUUCUAUAUGGAAACCACAUGCUAACAUGUUCAGUGCAGCAGCACACAUGAGAAGACAUGUCAGUACAUUGACUGAUGAGGCUAGACAACAGAUGCCAGAGGGACAGAGCAGUGAGAUGCUGAACUCAAAUAAUGAAGGAAAUCGUUUAGCUCUACAGCCAAGGCAGCAUCAAUACAGGGCUUCAGAAGCAACAGUGAGAUUGAGUGAGUGCAUGACAGGGUCAAACAUGGCCACCACCUCCACCUUCUCUGGAUACAGCCUGAGUCGCAGUAGUUUUAACAUGGUGAAGAGAAUGAGGACUCAGUGGAGGUCGGGCAGCACCACCGAGAGGCGUUUCAGCUGCACCUUCUGUGGGAAGAGCUUCCAGCGUCUCUGCCAGCUCAAAGAACACCUCCGGAGUCACACCGGAGAGAAACCUUACACCUGCGAACAGUGUGGCAGGAGUUUUACCAAGCAGUGCAACCUGAUCAGACAUGCUAUGGUCCACAGUGGGGAGAAGCCCUACGAGUGCACACAGUGUGGGAAAUGCUUUACCCGGCGCUCCAAAAUGAUGUCACAUCAGAGAACUCACAUAGGAGAGUGUGCAGUGUCUCCAUACGUGGCACCUGCAUACCCUGGGGAUCCACACACAAGUUUAAUGUAGUCUCAGAACAAAUAGGAACUUAAUUGCAUAGUUUUUUGCUAACACUUUCUAUUUGAAAAUGUGGUACAGAAGGUAUUUCGAGAAAUUUUUUCAAGUUUUUCCUCCGAAUUGAUUUGUGAAAUUGUUUUCAUGUUUGACUGAUGGCUCCUCACUUUCAUUAUAACAACUUAUUUACAACUGGUAACAAUGUGUGUUUGUACCACAAAAUCAUAAAAACAAUGUUAUAUAAUAAAUAAUCAUAUUGAUUUCAUGAGAGUCAAUCUGCACUUUUAGAUGAAUGAUAAUACAUGGGACAAUUAUAUAGCGCUUUUCAAUGACCCAAAGUCGAUUUAGAAUUGUAGAAACAAAAAAAAAACUGAUCACUACAAGACAACACCAGCAGGGAGAAACGAAAAAAAUGUAAUAAAGGGGGAGGGGCUUAAAGUAGGGAAAAUAGUGUGAUGUGUCCUCAGUCCUCGUCUCUUUUUGAAAAAGGUCAAAGGUAAUGGAGGUGAAGCGGCGAGGAGAGUGAUGGACAUAAAUGUGCUUGUAUUUAAUGAGACAGUCCUUGUCCACUUGAGCAUCAUCAGGGAAGGACAUUUACAGGGAUAGAUCCCAAAAUAUAUGAGUAAAGUGAUCAUUUGUUUAAGUUAGUUGUGCAAGACAUUUUAUAGAUAAAAGGAUAAAUAGCAUAUCGUUUUUAAAAGUGAACUGCACUCACUGAUUCCGCUUGUGAUACUUCCGGUGCUCAUUAAGAAAUGCAGCAGCCAUUCCUGAACGCCAAAAUAGUUGUCUUUGUGGUUUAAUGUGGAUGUUUCUUUGCCCUUCAAUCACAACAAACAAACAGGGGCAAUGGUGAGUAACAGUGAAUUAAGCUAGGUUUGAUAGGGGACACCUAGUCAGUUGUACAACUGAAUGCAUUCAACUGAAAUGUGUAUUUUUUAGGGGUAAUCAGAGAGGAGCGGGGGGCAGCCUUAAUCGACAUCCACGUCAUCGGCGCCUGUGGAACAGUCUUGCUCAGGGAUGACAGAUUUUUAACACGUCAGCCCAAGGAUUCGGUCCAGCAACCUUUUAGUGACUAGCCCAACGCUCCUAUCCACCAGGCUACCUGCCUGACUUAGAAGUUUUGAUGUUGACUUCUCCUGAUCUCAAGAUGAUCUGCUAAUUCAGUUCUAUGUGUAGGCUAAAGCCUGUGUUGAUCUUGUGUUUAGCCAACCUGACAGCAGCUAGCUAGCUAGCACAGUUUCGGGAUAGGCUAGCUGGCUGAUAUUUCUCUGUCAAAUCAGUUACAGUGCAUUCAGAAAGUAUUCAUAUCCCUUGACUUAUUCCACACUUUGUGUUACAGC